CCCAAUACACAGCAACACUCCCUCCACGCACCAAACAAGAAAAAGAAAAUAACAAACUACAGGAAAGAGAGUUUAUCAAUAUGAGCUCGUUGAGGGAAGCAACUCGUUCUCCAAUCCAGAACUCUUCAAUCAUUUGUCUUUGACAGAUUCCGUCUUUGUUGUCCUUGUUACCCAAAACCAUAAUUUUUAUAUUCGCAAUAGCUCCUAAUUUUAGAUUUCUUUAGUCAAGUAACUUGCAUGUCUCAAUCCUAGAAUGUUGACUUAUAUAAAAAUGAAGACCAUGAUAAACAGAUCCCUAACUCAGUUGUCAAUACCUCCGUUAGAGAGUCUCUAAUGGAGAAAUUGGUGAUCUGGGUAACAUUUUUGUGUCUAUUUACAAUUAGAUUGUCAGAAUGUUACAAAGUUGGGGAAGCCAGAAUUCACACAUUGUUCUCAACAGAAUGCAACAAUUACUUCGAUUGGCAAACUGUUGGGAUUAUGCACAGUUACAGGAAGUCGGGUCACCCGGGACCCAUUACCCGACUUCUAAGCUGUACAGAGGAGCAGAAGAGACAGUAUAGAGGCUUUGACUUGGCUCCAACUAUGGAGGUUCCUUCUAUGAGUAGGCACCCCAUAACUGGUGACUGGUACCCGGCAAUUAACAAGCCUGCUGGGGUUUUGCAUUGGCUCAAGCAUAGUGCGGAUGCCAAGAAUGUGGACUGGGUUGUAAUUUUAGACGCCGACAUGAUCAUCCGUGGUCCAAUACUACCUUGGGAAUUAGGUGCUAAGAAAGGCCGGCCUGUUGCUCAAUAUUACGGGUAUUUGAUUGGAUGUGACAAUCUCCUGGCCCAAUUGCAUACAAAACAUCCAGAGCUGUGUGACAAGGUAGGGGGGUUGCUGGUUUAUCAUAUAGAUGAUCUCAGAGCCAUGGCUCCUUUUUGGCUUUCCAAAACAGAAGAAGUGCGAGAAGAUAGGGAUCACUGGGCAACAAAUAUAACUGGUGAUAUAUAUGGAACAGGUUGGAUCAGUGAAAUGUAUGGUUAUUCAUUUGGUGCUGCAGAAGUUGGACUCAGUCAUAGAAUUACUGAUGACCUGAUGAUCUAUCCUGGCUAUAUUCCAAGGAAGGAUGUUGAACCACUUCUCUUGCAUUAUGGCUUGCCAUUUGCGGUUGGGAAUUGGUCUUUCACUAAACUAGAUCACCAUGAAGAUGGAAUUGUUUAUGACUGUGAACGGCUCUUUCCCGAACCGCCUUAUCCAAGAGAGGUGAAGAUUAUUGAAACUGAUCCAGGCAAAAGACGGGGCCUAAUGCUUAGCAUAGAGUGUAUGAAUACACUGAAUGAGGGUCUGCUACUUCAUCACAUUGGAAGAGGGUGCCCUAAACCAAAAUGGACAAGAUAUCUAAGUUUCUUGAAGAGCAGAACAUUUGCGGAAUUAACUCAGCCGAAAAGUCCAGGUCGCAUUAGCUGGAUAACUGAAGAGACUCAUGAGGAGCAGGAGAUGGUUGCUGAAGCUAGGAAACCAUACCCAAAAAUCCACACUGUCUUUUCUACUGAAUGCACCCCUUAUUUUGACUGGCAGACCGUAGGCCUUAUGCACAGCUUUCGCCUGAGUGGUCAGCCUGGCAAUAUCACCCGGCUUCUGAGUUGUACAGAUGAAGAGCUAAAGAAUUACAAAGGCCAUGAUUUAGCUCCAACUCAUUAUGUUCCUUCCAUGAGUGUACAUCCUUUGACGGGUGAUAGGUACCCGGCAAUAAACAAGCCAGCUGGUGUUCUUCAUUGGAUUAAUCAUGUACAAAUCGACGCAGAAUAUAUUGUUAUACUGGACGCUGAUAUGAUUAUGAGAGGAACAAUUACGCCAUGGGAAUUCAAAGCAGCCCGUGGACGUCCUGUUUCAGCACCAUAUGGUUACCUGAUUGGCUGUGACAACAUACUCGCAAAGCUCCAUACACGCAAUCCUCAAGCUUGUGAUAAGGUUGGAGGCGUUAUAAUCAUGCACAUAGACGAUCUCCGGAAAUUUGCUCUGUAUUGGCUGCUUAAAACCGAGGAGGUACGAGCUGAUAGAGAACAUUACGCCACAAAUAUCACUGGAGAUAUCUAUCAAGCUGGAUGGAUCAGUGAGAUGUAUGGGUACAGUUUUGGUGCAGCAGAGUUGAAUUUGCGGCAUAGAAUAGAUGGGUCAAUAAUGAUGUAUCCAGGAUAUGCUCCCAAACGUGAUGUCAAUUACAGGGUUUUUCACUAUGGCUUGGUAUAUAAGGUGGGAAAUUGGAGCUUUGACAAGGGUUUAUGGAGAAAUAUCGACUUAGUUAACAAUUGCUGGGCUAAGUUUCCUGACCCUCCUGAUCCAUCAACUCUUGAUAUAACCGAUGAGGGUGCAUACCAUCGGGAUUUGCUUAGCUUAGAAUGUGGAAGAACAUUGAACGAUGCUCUUUAUCUGCAUCAUAAGCGAAGAAAUUGUCCUGACGCCCGAACACAGGCCAUAUUAGACAGGGCAGCUGUGAACAAGGAUAAAGCACUCAGAAAGUUCCGCAAGAUAAUUGAAAAUGAUGCCACAAGAAAUGGCUCUAGUGAGAGUAGUGAUUCUCAGGAAUCGUUGGUUCCUCCUGCAUCAGACCAAUUCAGCUCCUUCAGGACAUGGGUGGUUGUUCUAUGGGUGGUUUCUUUUUUGGGUUUUUUGGCACUAAUGGCGACUGUUUUUGCUGGUCGUAGAAAGCGAAAAACAAAGGGUAAGCAUCACAAGAGCAAGAAAAGAUUAUCGUACUCAGGGUUGUUUGAUCUGCAUGGCAAAAAUGCUGAACUAUGUGAUAAAUUGUGAACGUCAUUCUAGAACUAAGAAGGCGGUAUUCUAAAGGGUUUUCUGGCUAACAACAUGCGGAUACUGUUUAGUUUGAUACUCAAAAUGUAGCUUAAUGUCGUUGUGAAACAUCCUGACACCUUUUUCAACUUAUCAGGGGAUGAGUAUACAAUUUUUUCUGCCUAUAGAUUAGAUUAUAUAUUUCACUUAUUGGAUCAUCAUUAAUGAAGUACCCUUCUUUUGGGUAAUGUUUAA